CAAACUCUAAACGCUGGAACAUUGUAAAACAGUAUAUAUGACCGGCGGAGGAAGUGAUGUUUCCGGCGGACGGGUUCAGCGAGGGACCGGUGUUCAGUUACAGGAACAGCGCCAUGUUUGGUGAUAACGACCACUUACUAGGAAAAUUAAGGUCCCCAGAACACUGUCUGAAGCUGGAAGGAAAACCGUAUGAAACUGUGUUGUCCUUUAAGACUUUCAAAGACUUCUUUUAUAGUGCGGCGGCUCUGCAGCUGGAUUCUUCACCUAUGAUGACCUGAAAGGAAACAGUGUUAAACACAAAUUUAACAUCAGAUGACUUCAUUCACAAAGCACCCGGCAUGAUGUGUGAAUUGACACAUCGGUGCGGCUUAACACGGCACUGCUUGGUUCGGUGUGAACGAACAAAAGUUGAGAAAAGUGGCAGAACCUCCAACGUUGCCCACCUCUCCUGGUGGAUUUCCGAUUAAAACCUCCAGCAGACUGUGCACCAUGUAUGUCUCCAUCCCCUCCAUCCUGGUCGGUCUGGGAGGAAAAUGCCUGCUUGACUGGACACUUGUGUUUCUCCAGAGAGAACACAUCUGCAAAACCCUCCUGGGAGUCUUCUGCAUUUCCCUCGCCAUUGUUGACUCAGCUCUGGCCGUCUGCGUCACCACAGUUCACGUCCACGCUGAUGGAUACGUCCUCCUCCUGGGCUCGAGGCUGACCAGAUAUCACGUAUGUUUGCUGGUUCAAAUCGUCGGACAGGUCUACAGCGCUCUGCAGUGGCCUGUUGUAGUCUCUGCUGGUUUGGACCAUUUCUGCACUGUCACCCUGAGGUUGAAUUCCAUCGCCACCAGGACCAGAUGGCUUGCGUGCUCACUUGUGACUGCCUUGUUGUGGCUCCUCACUGCUCUCUACGUCUUCCUGCUGUCUGACUUCACUCCCGUCAUGGAGGACGUUCCUCACCACCAGAUUCACCAGUGCUUUGUCCUCCACACCUCUCAGAUCCUGCAGGUUGCCAUGUUGCUCCUCCUGACUCUGGGCUGUGCAGCACUGCAUGCUGGAUGCAGCGCACGGUUGUUUAAAAACCUUCUGAAAGACCAAAUUACAGACCAAACUAGAGCUCACGCAAGAAAGAGUGUUGUCCACCAAGCCGUGCAUGUUUUUCUAAACACGUGGGCCCUGUUCCUGGUUUUCCUGGCUGUGCUCUUUCUCACAUGUGUGGAAAUACCUGCGUACCUGGGUCUGAACGCCGCCUGGCUCUGCUUCCUCAACAGUCUUCUGAUAGCAGUCGUUUUAUGUGUAGCCUGUCCAGCCUCGCAGCUAGCGCAGGGUCUGGCAGCAGUUCCUCCCGACAGCUUCUGUGAGUGGAGAUUUACAUUUAGCUCGGCUGCAGAGGACUAAACAUGACUGCACAGAGCACAUACACAGAGGGAGCAGGUUAGAGGAAGUGGAAUCAGCGGCUGAGACAUGAAUGUUGCAUAUGAAGGGAAAAAUGGAAAAGAAAAGCUUAGAGUCCAGCUAUUUUGAAAUCAACAAUGAGAUGGAUCGCCAUGAAAUUUGAAGGGUUUGAGGAGAGUGAAUCUUACAGACUUUGGUGAUUUCAUGAUAAUCUCUUUUCAUCUAAUGAUGUCACCAAGUGUAAACAUAUGUCAACAGUUAGGUAGACAUAGACAUAGAGAAAGGCAAAAAUGUAGGUACAGAAAUUCAUGCUAAAUUAGGGAAAAUAAAUAAAUGAAAUUAGGGAAGCUAAAUUAGUCCCUGACUUUUUUUUUUUUUUUGCUAACACGGUUAAAUGUAGCCUCAGCUUGUGCCUCUAAUGUUAAACAUAACUAACUGGUAGCAGAAAAAUAUAAACAGAAGGUAGUUUAGAAAAUAUUAGACAUUAAUUUUGAGUUUGUUAGCAUGCCAACAUUGUUCAUAGCACAAAUUAACAUGGUAAUGUCAGAAUACAACCUCAGAGAGAUGCUAACUGGCAGAAAAGUCCCGCUACCAUGAACUUCUCCAACUUCUCCAAGACUUUUAUCGAGCGUGUAUUGUUCUAAUAAGCUGCACAGUUAGCUUCUGCUAGCCAAAUGGUAAAAGUAAAAAAGAUGUUUGCAAGGAAACUGCAAUAAUUUACUUUCAAAUAAAAAUACUAUAGAAUCCAAAAUGGGAAAAAAUAUAUUUUAAUUCAGACUAACAAUGAAUACUGGGGGCUUAAUGAAAUUGUCUGCAGUAUGUGUUACAAAUUCAGCCAGAAAACACUUCAGAAGGUAAACUAUUAAUUAUUCUGCCAAAUACAUAGAUUAUUAUUAUUAUUAAAAUCUAAGGUAUUUACUGUCCUUUAAGACAAAAGAAAAACAGGAAACCUUCACAUUUAAGAGGCUAGAACCAGUGAGUUCUUUCAUUUUCAUGAAAAACAAGUAAGUUGAUAAGCAGCAUUUUCGUGACCUGUUGAAUUAAUUCUUCAAACGAACAGAGGGCAGCAUGUCAACAGCGGGACCACUAACUUCUGCUGACUGUGGCUGCUGUUAGAUAGUUAGCUCCCAGAGAGAGCGCCACGUUUCCAAGCCACUUUUUGUUGUAACAAACCAUAUGAUUAUAUCGUCACCUGGUGCACUGGGGCCCUUUGUGUUACAUUGUUAAAGAAAGGGUUGUAAAAUGGUGUAUUCAUUUUUUUGACCCUCACAAACUCAUUACUGGAGCUAUUCGGUCCAAUAAGAAAAAACAAGAACAAAACAAACAACAGUUUUUAUUUCUACUCGAGUUAGCUUGAACUGGAAGUUAGCUGGCUCAGGCAGUGGCAGUCUCUAGUUUGCACGCUCUAGGGGACACACAUCUAGGAAGCUCUGGGUACUUUCAUACCUGGGAAGUUGAGCUUUUUUGGCUUCAAUACACCACUGAGCUAGCAGCCCAGACUGGGAGCUGGCAGCAAGUGUUUUAAAACUAAAAUUCUCUGUUCAUACUUUGGCUUUAAAUCACCUUGGAUUCGGCUGUACGACAGUAUUCAGCUGCUUCUUUCUCUCUUGAAGUUAAAACCACAUCAGCAGCUCCAGUGACCGUCAAUGAGAAUCUUGUGAAAAAUAUGCAGAUCUUGAACCGAUCAGGAAGUUAUAAGGCCGAAAUCAGCAUCACGAGCAGGUAAAAAAAAAAAAGGCAAACACAACACAGGUUUGACACUACAGAACUUUACUUGAAUUUGAUCCAAGUUCAUUGUCUAUACAGGGUAUAUUUACAAGAUCUGAAAUCAGGGAAGGGCAAAAAACAGAAAAAAAACAAACACUAGAUACAACUGAGGUAUUAGCUAAAAGCAUUUACAGGUAUGUAAUUUACUAGUAAAUAUCAAUGAUAAACGGAGAUGCAGUGUCUUCUGCAUAAAAAACAUCUUUUUAUAUCACAACAUGAGGUAGGAGAACAGUGUCUCGAUUCAUGCAAGAACAAAAGUCUCAUCACACUGUAGUAUUGGCAACGUAGUAUGCAAUGGUCAUACACAGACACUGUGUUUCAUGUUUCAGAACAGCAUUGGGGGGGGGUGGUUCUUUUUAGCCGAGCCAUGAAUAUCUUUUCACAGGAUGUGUAUAAAUUAAAAACAUGGUGUACCUCUUUCUUAGUAACCAGUGAUCUGUGUUAUCAAUCACCAACGCAGCUCUACUCCACACGGGCACAGAAUAAUUACUGGCCUAAAGUUGGACACCCAACUACAAAGCAAAAACCACCUGCAGCAGUUCAGAGGUCACCUUGGAUUUGUUUACUAGUUUUCUUCAUGUAGCCAGGAGGCGAUGGGCACGAAAAUCCUGUAUUCAAAUGUGUUCGUGUGCCUCUUUCACCUUCAGUUGGGCAAACUUCACACCUGUAAAAAUUCUGUACAAAGCAUAUCCAAGUUCUCAUAACACUGCAAAAUGCAAAAAGGCCCAGUACACUGUGUUACCGGGGAUCUGUCUCCCCUUUCAUUUACAUUUUUUUCAUUAUCGUGUACAAUUAAAGAAGCAAAACAGCGCCCCCUGAUGUAUAAUAUUCAAAUUACACAGAAAGUAAAAUGACAGAGAUAACUAGAUUAUCUGCUAAUGUGAUGUAUGGAAAUGAUUUUUUUUUUCAUAUUUUUGUUCUGUUUAAGAGGUAAUUAAGUCAGUAAAAACUAAUACUGAUUAUCUUUAGAGUGAUGUUAACACAUCCAGAAUCAGAAAACAUAACUACACAUCCAGAGCUACAUGAGCAAGUUUUUCUCUUUCCCUUUUCAAAGCUGCUGUGCUUCAGUCAGACGUGGGAGGCCAACACACACACACACACACACACACUCUCUCUCUCUUCUCUUUCACACACUCUCACAUCAUUUCCAAUUCAAAUUAGGCUACAUGUUAUCUUCUUCAUAAUCUGACUUCUUUAUAUUUAGCCAACCUCUAAACCAAUAAUGAUAUAAAAACUUGCACAUGUUCAAUGUUCAUGCAUAUGAGCCAUCUCAAUAGUUUGUGUGUUAUGUGAGGGGAAACUUUCUUCUUCUUUUUUUUUAAAACAAUGAACAGAUUGAUAGAGUGGCCCAGUGACACAAAACAUGAGGGGCAGCAAAACAUGCAAAAUGAUUAUUUUUUGUUUGUUUUCUUUUUUUCCAAAAUGCAUUUUCUUCAACAAAUGUUUUGUUUUCAAUUUAGCUCAGGGGGAGGGGGGUUUAAUAAAGAGGGAAAAAGCUCAUUACACAUUAAAAGUCCGUCAAGAUGAAAUCCAUAAAAAACGAAUGCAUCAGUUCAGAAAGGGGGGAAAGUGUGUAACAAAGUAUUUUCCUAUUUUUGCCUUUGUCCUGCAUCGUGUCUCAGUAAACCAUGCGUUUCACACCCCCACAUCCACUCGACAGAAGUCGAGCUCUGAUGUCUGCGAAAAUCACUUUUUUUAAAAAGAAAGCAAAAAACAUCUGAAGCCAUAGCUCUGGUCCAAUUUAUAUAACCUUUUGAAGAUUUUUCAUAUAAGAACAGUUAAUAUAUUAAUGACUACUGUAUUUACAAAGUGAAUAUAAAUCUUUAGUUAAUACGUUAAAUAUUUUCUUUCAUAAUUUCAAUAAAGGUUUAAAUGGAACAACA